GAGAAGCAAAAGGAGAGAAGAACCUCAAAUCUAGAACUUUCUGUGAUGGAAGAUGGAAGACAGAGGAGCUCGUGUUGCUGACUACUUUGUUGUGGCAGGAUUGACUGAUAUUUCAAAACCACUAGAAGAGGAAAUCCACUUCAAUGAUGCUUGUCACAAACUUGCAAAACCAAAAGAACCAAUCACUGACAUAGCAGUGAUAAUUAAAUCUCUGGGGGAAGAGGUCCCUCAAGGAUACAAGUGCAUAGAUAUAACUCCAUCAGGACUGUCAGCAGAUCUCAACAAUGGUAGCCUUGUGGGACCACAAAUAUACCUGUGCUACAGGAGAGGAAGGGACAAGCCCCCACUUACUGAUCUGGGGGUUUUAUAUGAUGGAAAAGAGAGAUUAAAACAGGGUUGUGAAAUCAUUCAAGCCACUCCGUAUGGGCGCCCUGCAAAUAUCAGUGGUGGUGCCUCCUCGCAAAAAGUAUACAUCACCUACCGAAGAGCCUUGGAGAACAUGGCACAGAAUACUUUGGCUGUCACAGACAUAUGCAUAAUUAUACCAAGUAAGGGAGAAACUCCACCCCAUACAUUCUGCAAGGUUGACAAGAAUCUGAACAAUAGUAUGUGGGGCUCAGCAGUAUACUUGUGUUAUAAGAAGUCUGUUGCAAAAACAAACACCAUAUCAUAUAAAGCUGGUCUAAUAUGUAGAUAUCCAGAAGACGACUAUGAUUCAUUUCCCUUACCAGAAUCAGUACCUCUUUUUUGCCUCCCAAUGGGUGCAACAAUUGAAUGUUGGCCAUCUAAUAGUAAAUACCCCCUCCCAGUAUUUUCUACAUUUGUACUAACUGGAGCUUCAGCUGAAAAGGUCUACGGUGCUGCUAUUCAGUUCUAUGAAACAUAUUCUGAGGAAAAUCUCACAGAAAAGCAGAAAUCGCAGUUGGGUUUUGUGGCUACUCCUGACGGGAAGUUUGCUAGCUCUAAAACAGUCCAGACUAAUAAAUGCAUCUGCCUGCUUUCUCACUGGCCAUUCUUUGAUGCUUUUAAGAAAUUUCUUACUUUUCUGUAUCGUUAUUCCAUCUCUGGUCCGCACGUCCUGCCUAUUGAGAAGCACAUUUCCCAUUUUAUGCAUAAAGUUCCUUUUCCAUCCCCACAGAGGCCAAGAAUUUUGGUCCAGCUAUCCCCUCAUGACAAUCUGAUUCUUAGUCAGCCCAUAUCAUCACCUCUACCACUGAGUGGUGGCAAGUUUUCGGCACUUCUGCAGAACCUUGGGCCUGAGAAUGCUGUAACACUCCUUGUAUUUGCGGUGACUGAACAUAAAAUCCUUAUCCAUUCUUUACGACCUUCUGUCCUUACCAGUGUAACAGAAGCACUUGUCUCUAUGAUAUUUCCUUUCCACUGGCCAUGCCCGUACAUUCCUCUUUGCCCCCUAGCCCUGGCAGAUGUUUUGAGUGCACCGUGUCCAUUCAUAGUAGGAAUUGAUUCAAGAUACUUUGAUCUCUAUGACCCUCCACCAGAUGUUAGCUGCGUUGACCUAGAUACAAACACCAUUUCACAACCUGGAGAUAAGAGAAAUGUUGCAUGGAAGAUCUUGCCAAAGAAACCUUGUAAAAACCUGAUGAGCACUUUAAAUAACUUAUAUCAACAGCUAGCAGAAUUGCAACAAAGACCGAGAGAUGACGCAUUGAUGGAGCUUGCUAUGAAUGACUAUGAUUUUCAUUCAGGAUCAAAGCUGCAUUUGUUAGAUAUGGAAAUCCAGGAGGCAUUCCUUUGUUUCAUGGCCUCUAUACUAAAAGGCUAUAGGUCAUAUCUAAGACCUAUUACCCAAGCACCUUCAGAAACAGCAACAGAUGCAAGUUCUCUCUUUGAACUACAAGGGUUUCUAAAAAGCCGUGAUCGUUCACAUCAAAAGUUUUACACUAUGAUGACGAAGACACAAAUGUUCAUUCGCUUCAUUGAAGAAUGCUCUUUUGUUAGUGACAAAGAUGCAAGCCUUGCAUUUUUUGAUGAUUGUGUAAAUAAAGUGGAUGCAGAUAAGACUGGUGACACACGGGUUAUAGAACUUGAUGAGUCCUACAAGAGUGAGCACACUGUUUUCAUAACUCCCCCAGAGAUCCCACACUUUCCCAAUGGAGAAGAGCUUCCAUCGCAGUACAGUUAUAGUGGUUUUCCUGUGCUAAGACAAGAACUGUUUGAGCGGCCUGCAGGACUUCUGACAAUACAGAACAGCAAGUUGUUUUCAAAAGCCAGCAGUCCAAACAGCCCAUUGCCAAUGUUCAGGAGAACAAAACAGGAGAUUAAGUCAGCCCAUAAGAUAGCCAAGAGAUACUCCUCUAUCCCUCAGAUGUGGUCCAGGUGCUUGCUGCGCCAUUGCUAUGGCCUAUGGUUUAUCUGCCUCCCUGCCUAUGUCAAAGUGUGUCAUUCCAAAGUGCGGGCUUUGAGAACAGCCUAUGAUGUGCUCCGGAAAAUGCACACAAAAAAGAUUGAUCCACCUGAUGAGGUAUGCUACCGGGUGUUGAUGCAGUUAUGCGGACAAUAUGGCCAACCUGUGUUAGCUGUGAGAGUCCUGUUUGAAAUGAAAAAAGCUGGAGUUGAUCCUAAUGCCAUUACAUAUGGUUAUUAUAAUAAGGCUGUGUUGGAAAGUACCUGGCCUUCAAGUAAUCGAAGCGGUUAUUUUCUGUGGACAAAGAUAAGAAAUGUUGUCUUAGGAAUAGCACAGUUUAAAAGAGUUCUAAGAAAGCAACCUGCAAAUGGCAUCCACAAAGCUCUUUCUGGGGAACAUUCAGAUCUCUUAUACAGGCUGUCUAAAGAAGCAAUUAAGCAAGAAAAAGCAACUGUUCAGAAGGAUGGUGAAAAAAAAGAAGAGAAAAAAGAGAGUGACUCCAGUUCCUUAUCUGAGAUAGAGAGUGGAAAGGGAAGCGGUGACUGCCUUCCUGCACUGAAUUAUCAAAAUUCCAAUAAUGUUAAGCCUGAGUCAAGGAUUGUUCGCAUUAGUAAUACAAUUGGAAAACCAGCAGAUACAGCAGGAGAUAUUGGUACAGAAAGCUCUGCAGGAUUGCUAUUCUCUUGUUUUGAGGAUAUCAACAAAACAAGAAUGGCUAAAGUCGAAAACUUAAGCAGGCACUUAAAUGCAACUGAAAUAGAACACAAACGGAUAGUUUGGAGAAACAGGAACCGCAAUCUGAGUGGAGAUGCUCUGAUUGAGCUCAUGAAAAAUCAAAUUAAUCAUGAAAUUAGUCCCGAAGAAAUUGUUGAGAAACUUGGAGUGGAUGCAAAAAUCCUCUCUAAAGUUUUCGAGAAGAGAGUAAGGCCAAAAACUCUCAACAUCAAGCAAUCUUCUUUGGGACCCGGUAAGAGAGGGAACCUGGAGAAAGAAUCCAGUGAUGAGGAUGUGCCCUUCGAGAACACGUUUGUGGACAAAAGAGAGUCCCCAGUUAUAUUCGAUUUGGAAGAUUUGGAUAAUGAAGCUGUCUCAGUGAAAACUGUGAUACCGUUGCAUAAAAAGCCGAAGAGGAUUCAGCGUGCCGUCAGCGUUCCAAUAAAACCCAUUGAGAAAACUGGUGUUGAAAUGGGAUUUGAUCCACUUUCCUUGCUGGCCGCUGAGACAGAGCAACAAAAAGAGGAAGAGGAUGAAGAGGAUGACAGAAGUGCCUCAACCCCAUCUGCAAAGCGAGAUUUAGCUGAAGAAAUAGAGAUGUAUAUGAACAAUAUGAAUAGCCCCUUAACGAGCCGCACGCCAAGCAUAGAUUUGCAAAAAGCCUGCAAUGACAAGAACUCCAAUAAAAAGAGUCCAACAUUGUCCCAGCCAUGCCGGAGAUCUAGCCUUCCUCCAUACUCACCCAGGCCGGCAAGCCUUACCAAAUCCAAAAGCUACAAUGUAAGAAACGAAGAAAGAGUAAGGGACAGGCUUUGGUCAUCUCCAGUGUUCUCCCCGAGCAACCUAUCAAGGGGACAAUCUCAGGAUAUGGCUGGCACAGGAACGCUUGCUUCUCCAACUUCGUUCAACCUGGAUACACUGUUAACGCCUACCUUUGACGUUCUAAAAAGCAGCAUGUUUUCUGCGGGGAAAGGUGUUGCAGAAAAGGCCAGCAAAUGGUACUCAAAGUUUGCUACAUAUGCGGCACCAUCAAAGGAUCCCAACUCGGAUCGUGCAAGCAUUUCAUCCCUUGGGGCCCUGGAUUCAGAAUCUGCCUCCCUGACAGAUGAAGAAAUCUGCAACGAUUUUGAAAGUAACUCCUCUCCUCAAGAGAAUGCCUCCUCUAUGUUAAAGGGAAUUGGUCUAAGCAGGACAAGUCUUGAGAGUUCAGCUUCCAACAAUGGCUCGUCAAAGCGUUUCUCUCAGUGUGGCUCCCUUUCAAAGUUUCCUUUGCCUGACAGAUCAGAACUGGUAUCAUCUUGCAGUACAAGCAGCACAAGUGUAUUCCAGAAUUAUGCAUUAGAGGUCCUCAUCUCGAGCUGUUCACGGUGUCGAACCUGUGACUGUCUAGUACAUGAUGAAGAGAUCAUGGCAGGAUGGACAGCAGAUGCUUCCAACCUUAACACUACGUGCCCUUUCUGUGGGAAUCUAUUCUUGCCUUUCCUGAACAUUGAAAUCAGAGAUCUCCGGGGCCCUGGAAGAUAUUUCCUAAAGUCCAGCCCAUCUUCAGAGAACAUGCAGCUUCCAUCAACGUUUUCAAACCAGAUAGGAAAGUCUUACAUCUGUGACCCCAAUUCAGGAUUUACGGCUCAGGAUGACUUGCAUUCGGAUAGCAAGUCAAAACAGACGGACACCACCUGUGCCAGAAGCAUUCAGAUCCCUUCUAGAAGAAGACAGAAUACUGUGAGAACUGAACACACCAGCCAUCCCCUGUCAAGGAGCAUCAGUACAUACAGUCCACUGGAGGUCGAGGAAAUGGGGAACCACAGACACAGCCACCUGGUUCCCACAGGGAGUUUGCCUACCACUUUGCAGGGGACAGCCGAUCCUUUGGGGCUAGAGUGGCGCUUACCCAGUCCAGAGCCCAUAACUGUUCCUUAUCUGAGUCCUCUUGUGGUAUGGAAGGAGCUUGAAAGUUUAUUAGAAAAUGAAGGGGAUCGCGCAAUAACAGUAGCAGACUUUGUGGAUCACCAUCCUAUUGUGUUCUGGAAUCUAGUGUGGUAUUUUCGACGCCUGGACUUACCCAGUAACUUGCCGGGAUUAAUACUGUCCUCUGAGCACUGCAAUAAGAAUUCGAAGAUUCCCAGGAACUGUAUUUUAGAGGACAGCAAGUAUGUUCUAAUUCAGAUGUUGUGGGAUAAUAUGAAGUUGCACAAAGACCCGGGGCAACCUCUCUAUAUUCUGUGGAAUGCACAGACUCAAAAGUACCCAGUGGUUCGUUUACUGCCGAAGGACAAUAGUUCAUUUAACCAGGAGCUCUUAAGAAGCAUGGUGAAGAGUAUUAAGAUGAAUGAUGUCUACGGACCAAUGAGUCAGAUCCUAGAGAGAUUAAACAAAUGCCCACAGAUUAAAAGGCAAAGGAGUCUUUAUAGAGAGAUAUUAUUUCUCUCUCUUGUUGCUCUUGGAAGAGAUAACAUUGAUAUAGAUGCUUUCGACAGAGAAUACAAAAUGGCUUAUGAUCGCCUUACAGCAAAUCAGGUCAAGAGCACACACAAUUGCGAUAGGCCUCCAAGUACGGGAGUGAUGGAAUGUCGAAAGAUUUUCGGGGAGCCAUAUCUUUAAGAAAAUGACUACAUGUAAUGAAUUGCUGCAGGAUUCAGAUGUGAAAUAAUAUGGCUUGAGAAAGACUCUUGCCCUUCUCCAUUAAAAAAGCAUCUUCAACUUUUUUUUUUAAAUCAGAAUUUCCUAGGGUAAGAAUGAUUCUGGAAUGACGAAUGAACAGUGGGCCAAAGAGGGAUCUCUUCAUCUUGAUGGUGUGUAUAAGCCACUUAGUGGAGAAACCUGAAUGGUCAUUUGCAAAAAGUUUAGGCAGAGAUGGACCAAAAUCCUGCACUAAAGGUUUGCAUGAAUGAAAUAAGCUUUUCAAAACUGUUUACAGAGAAUGUUAAAAUUGUUAGAGUGCACACCAGAGUUGUAUAACAGAUUUUAAAUUAUUUAUAGUAAGUUCAUAUUUUUUUAACUUUUUAAAUUACUAUAGUGAAUUAAGUGAUCCUGUUGCAUAAGCAAUACUUUUGUCCUCCCUCGGAAUAUUGCUGUUUAUAGCAACUGGUCUUUUUUGCAGAAAAGGUCCUUUUUUCUUUUUUAAAAGCCGUAUUGAAAUGUCAGUAGUUUUCUAGAUUACAGUAUGAGUUGUCACUAUUUCCAUUUCCAGAAAAGUCUAUAAUUACAUUGUGAAUUUUAGCAAUGCAAAUAUUGCAAACUUGUAUGAAGCUUUUGUAACGGACACGCAUUUGUCACUUUUAAGAAAUUUGGCCUGACAUUUCUCUCAUUCUGCGUCCCAAACCACUGGGUCUGGCAAAGAAUUUGGGGAGAAUGACACUGUUGAUAGUUGGGAGUCAAUGCUAUACGCAUAAUUUAUUACAAAAACCACAAUCUAAAGAGCUUCUUUAGGCACACCUAUGGACUCUGGCAUGCCCACUGAGAUUUUGGACCUUUUUCUAUUAAAAUAGGAAGCUCUAUACCAGGUCACAAGUCCCUGCAGUUUCAAAAAUGAUUUGUCCUAUGUUUCACCAACCAUAGGUAGAGGGAUGCUGUUUGAGAAAGACAAGCCUAAAGAAUCCUGGACAUAUGGAAUUAGCUGUAUUGUUCUUUGGAUCAUAGCCAAACUGUGGCAAGAUAUUUGAGGGGGGAGUCUUCUAUAUAAAAUGGAGACAGAACAGUAUAAUAUAUAGACUGAAACGUUCCAAAAUGGAAUCUAGUACAGGUUAGCCUAAACUAAAAAUUGGGGAGGAUGGCGAAAAUUCCCAUAUGAGAUGU